GACAACGGGCGUUGCCGGCGCCGUGUGACUCUGGGCUGUGGGCGCGCUUGUGGCUCUUCGGCCAUGGUUUUCUCAAAUAAUGAUGAAGGCCUUAUUAACAAAAAGUUACCCAAAGAACUUCUUUUGAGAAUAUUUUCCUUCUUGGAUAUAGUAACUUUGUGCCGAUGUGCACAGAUUUCCAAGGCUUGGAAUAUCUUAGCCCUGGAUGGAAGCAACUGGCAAAGAAUAGACCUUUUUAACUUUCAAACAGAUGUAGAGGGUCGAGUGGUGGAAAACAUCUCGAAGCGAUGCGGUGGAUUCCUGAGGAAGCUCAGCUUGCGAGGUUGCAUUGGCGUUGGAGAUUCCUCCUUGAAGACCUUUGCACAGAACUGCCGAAACAUUGAACAUUUAAACCUCAAUGGGUGCACAAAAAUCACUGACAGCACGUGUUACAGCCUUAGCAGAUUCUGUUCCAAGCUGAAACAUCUGGAUCUGACUUCCUGUGUGUCCAUUACAAACAGCUCCUUAAAGGGGAUCAGCGAGGGCUGUCGGCACCUGGAGUACCUGAACCUGUCGUGGUGUGAUCAGAUCACGAAGGAUGGCAUCGAGGCCUUGGUGCGGGGUUGUCGCGGCCUGAGAGCCCUGCUGCUGAGGGGCUGCACGCAGCUAGAAGAUGAAGCUCUGAAACACAUUCAGAAUUACUGCCAUGAGCUUGUGAGCCUCAACCUGCAGUCCUGCUCACGCAUUACGGAUGAAGGCGUGGUGCAGAUUUGCAGGGGCUGCCACCGGCUGCAGGCCCUCUGCCUGUCUGGUUGCGGCAACCUCACAGAUGCCUCCCUCACAGCCCUAGCCUUGAACUGCCCAAGACUUCAGAUCUUGGAGGCUGCCCGAUGUUCCCAUUUGACUGAUGCAGGCUUUACACUUUUAGCUCGGAAUUGUCAUGACCUGGAGAAGAUGGAUCUCGAAGAAUGCAUCUUGAUAACCGACAGCACACUCAUCCAGCUCUCCAUUCACUGUCCUAAACUGCAAGCCCUGAGCCUGUCCCACUGUGAGCUCAUCACGGAUGAUGGGAUCCUGCACCUGAGCAACAGCCCUUGCGGCCACGAGAGGCUGCGGGUGCUGGAACUGGACAACUGCCUCCUCAUCACUGACGUGGCCCUGGAGCACCUGGAGAACUGUCGUGGCCUGGAGCGCCUCGAGCUGUACGACUGCCAGCAGGUCACCCGCGCGGGCAUCAAGCGGAUGCGGGCCCAGCUCCCUCAUGUCAAAGUCCAUGCCUACUUUGCUCCUGUCACCCCGCCGACAGCAGUGGGAGGAAGUGGACAGAGGCUAUGCAGGUGCUGUGUCAUCCUCUGACAGCAGCUGCCCAGCCCAGGGCUUCAUGAGGUGUCCCUUCCUCCCGAGGACCCGAGUCUUUCUGACGUACUCCACCAUCAUCCAAAUCUGUUGAUUCUCCAUUGGGAAAGGCAUUUACAGAAUUAAAAACAGUGUAGAAGACGGCACACGAGAAGCUAAGGAUGUGGACCACGAGGCCUCCUGCUUCUCCACAGAAAGCCCAGCUGUUUCCGGAACACGUGACGAUGCAGCAGCCCUUGUCUGCAAAGCAUCAGGCACAUCUGCAGCGAGCCUGAGUCUCGCAGGUCCUGCUCUACUACUGACUCAAGCCAAACACGGAUCAGGAAUAUCAGUGCUUUAACUUUGCUUCCCCAAACAAGGGUUUUUUCAUGUGUGUGAGUACAGAAACCUUUGCUUAGAAUUUGGAACUACAAUUAAGGUAAGACUACAGAGAGGCUCUAAAGCAGGGGUGCCAUACUCUGCCCUACACUUGUUCUUUUAAAAUUAAAUUUUAUCAGAACAACAGCCGAGAAAGGCCACUGCCUCUCACCGCUGCCACGACAACCUGGUGGUCCCCACUGACUCAGAAGGGCAGUGGCAGGAAGCUGAGUGCCCUUGCCCCCCGCCCGCCCAUACCCACCGUAGGGCGUGGCGCCGCCGCCGUCGCCCCCGCCACCCGCUGCCUGCUGCUGCCCCUGCGGCGCCGGCUGCUCGCGGCAGACGUAGAGGGUCAGGCGGGGCCGCACCGACCUGCAACCAGAAGACGGCGCUUGUGAGCCGGCGGGAAGGCCGCACGCGCAAGCGACAGCUACAAGAAUCUAGGGUCUAUUUCCUUAGGAGAACUUUACAACGUUACUUCAUUAUACGAAAUAAUUUACUAGGAAGAAUAUAAAAACACACACCUCACACCAACUAUCACAGGUUAUCACAGGUGGUCUAAUCUGAUGAUCCAGACUCUAAACCAUUGAGAUGGUCGGUCAGAUGCUGGUAAAUUUAAGUUUCAAGAUUAUGUCAGCAAUUUAACAUCAGUAAAAUUCAGUUUAAUGGAAUUCUCACACCACACGUCUAGAAAUACCAACGAUAGUAAAUGGGUCUUAAAAGCCAGCACAGUUUACAGUUCUAUCAUUUUAAUUCACAAUUAGAAGUUUACAUUUUUAAUAACUGUUUAGUAGUGUCACAUGACCUUGAAAACCAUAGAUUCUGUAGAGCUCACCUAAAUGAGAAGUUUGUUUUCUUGGCAACAACCCCAGUCGUCUUCCAGACCACAGUCCUGCCCAUGUGCAUUUCUAGUCUUACAGUCUACCUCUGCCCUCAGUGCCUGCAUCAUAUCUGGGCCUGCCUGAAGGUGCACACAAAACAGUCUCCUCGUGAGCACGGCGGGCCAGCACGCAGCACGAGGGCGCACGCCGACAUGGCGUGGACACAUCCUGCCCGCGGUCCCCGCGCGAACAAGGGCACGUUCUCAUUUCAAGCAUAACAGUUCAUUUUAAACACGGUAUUUACCUUGACUUCAGUGAAUUAUAGAGCCGAAUUCCAUCGGCUGCACCACAAAUUUGUACUAGAUCCUCCUUUGUCAGUUUUAACAAGUCGGCACCU